AUGACUGAAACACCAAAGAAAGAUGAUGAAGUUCUCAUUCAAGAAAUCAAUGUCAAUUCAACCUCUCCUUCACCAGAAGGUAUUCAUGAAAUCAAUGAUCUCUUUGAAGGACUUGAGAAUGCUGAUGCAGAAGAAUUAUCCCCUGAACAUACUAACAACGAAGAAAUUCCUACUGAUCUUCAUGAAAAACAACAACCAGUUGACAAUUUAGAUAUAGAAUGUAAUGAUGAUAAAAGUGAUAAAUCAUCAGAUAGUUCUUCUGAAGAAAAAAAACCCAAAAUGAAAAUUGAUAAAAAGGAUAAAAAAGACAAAAAAGAUAAAAAAGACAAAAAAGAUAAAAAAGACAAAAAAGAUAAAAAAGACAAAAAAGAUAAGAAAGAUAAGAAAAAUAAAAAGGAUAAAAAAAAUAAAAAAGAUAAGAAAGAAAAAAAAGAGAAGAAAAAUAAAAAAGACAAAGAAGAAAAGAAACCAAGAAAGAUUAAUAAAAAAAUCAAUAAAGAAGAAAUUAUUAAGAUGGUUAAAAGUGGAGAAUAUAAACUUGUUCCUAUAGAACAAUAUGAUAAAUUAGUACGUAGUACUAAGAAAUUACACAAAGCAAUAAUGAAUAUUAUCUCUUUGGAAAAAUGA